GUUAUUCUGCACUUUGCUAGAGGUGCAGGCACUAGUCCCGGACGUGAUUCGAGGCAUACCAAAAUGGACGGUGCUCAAAAUGAUCGGAAAAUAGACGUGGAUUUUGCAGCACCUGACACUGAACCAAAGCCUCAUGUAGAACUAGAUGAUAUUCUAGUACAAGAGAUUGGUCAGUUUGGGAAGUAUCAAUUGCGGUCAUUUUUGCUAUCCGUGGUAUUAGUCCUCUUUGUCGCAUGGAGUGCUGUGGAAUACGUGUUCACAACUGCCAGAAUAAAUACCAGAUGUCUGAUCCCAGAAUGUGAAAGUGACCCAACAGACUUCUCUCCAUACUGGUUAGCAAAUGCAGUACCAGCAGGCUCCAGUUCAGGUUCAUUCGACAAUUGCCAGCGGUUCGCCAAUACAUCAGCUGCUUUGAGAGUAGUUGAAAGUGCCACUUGUCCAAGCAAUCUCUUCAAUAGGGAUAAUCUACAGCCUUGUGAUGAAUUUGUGUAUGAGAAUACGCACUCUGUUGCAUAUGAUUAUGGGCUGGCAUGUGACGAAUGGAGGCGCUCACUCAUUGGCACAGUUCGUACAUUUGGUACCCUCACUGCUUUGCCCAUUACUGGGUUUGUCUCAGACCGAUGGGGUCGAAGAGUUGCUCUCACCAUCAAUGCAUUCAACACAGCCUGGCUAGGAGUGACGAGGUACUGGGCCGAUACUUAUCUCGGCUUUAUGUUCUCCGAGUUCUUUGAGGCUACUUUCGGAUCUGGUGGAUUCUCGUGUGUUUAUAUUUUGAUGAUGGAGUUGGUUGGUCCAAAAUUUAGAGUGGCAGCAGGAGCAGCGAUGAACACCUGCUUCGCGCUAGGACAAGUGACGAUGGGCCUGAUUGCAUGGGGCGUUCCCAACUGGAGGAACCUGACGCUCGCACUCUACAUCCCUCAGUUCCUCACCAUCUUCUAUUACUGGCUCAUCAGCGAGUCUGUACGCUGGUACAUGAGCAAAGGACGCUUUGAUGAGUCCGAAGCACUGCUUAGAAAGGUGGCUCAGGUCAACGGGAAACCCAUAUCUGAGAAGUCAUUGGAAGCUUUGCGUCAUACUGCGCAAGAAAAGUUGAGAAUCAGUGCUGUCGAAGCAGAAAAACGUGGCAGUGAACCAUGGCUUAUUGUCCAGGUGUUCCAACACAAGCCUAUAUUAAUCCGUUGCCUAAUUUCGCCCAUUUGGUGGAUUACAACCACGUUCAUUUAUUACGGACUCUCAUUAAACGCAGUGAAUAUGUCUGGAAACAGAUACUUGAACUACAUAGCCGUGGCAGCAGUAGAGAUUCCUGGAUUUUGGAUCUCAUAUUUCCUUUUGGAUAGAAUUGGAAGAAAGCCGGUAUUGACUGGAGCUUUUUGGUUGUGUGCUGCAUGUCAAAUUGCAUACAUUUUUAUUCCUACAGAUCUCUACGCAGUAUCCCUAACAGUGUACCUGAUUGCUAAAUGUUCUAUUGCAAUGGUGAUGACAGCAGUAUACGUCUAUACAAAUGAACUGUACCCCACAAGAUACAGACACAGCUUAUUUGCCUACUCUUCCAUGAUGGGAAGGAUUGGAUCUAUGGUCGCACCUCUAACUCCCGCUUUUGGUGCACAAUGGUUCGAAGAGUUGCCGUUCGUACUAUUUGGCACCUUUGCUUUAGUGUCUGGGAUACUGAUCUUCUUCACGCCAGAGACUCUAGGCAGCACACUACCAGACACCUUCGAACAAGCUGAAGAAAUCGGUAACAAAAAGAAAACAGUCUUAUGAGCAGAUUUAGGAUUUAGACUUUUAUAUGUAAUGAAAUCUCGUAUUACUUUUAGGAUAUACAUUAGGGUGUCCCAAAAAAAUCAAAAUCAUUUUUUUUUAACGCAUACCUUCCUAUUUUUUUCCUUUUGGUCCAAAACUAUUAUAAAUAAAAUUUUAUGAUGGUAGGACCACGGUAACCCGUGCCGACUUACAUUUGAAUGUAUGUCAUACUUGCUCUCUAAGACUAACGCGAUCUAACGCGUCGAUGUGCUUGUGAUUUCUUGUUAUUUAGUGAUCGAAUCAUUGUUUUCAAACAGCCAACAUGUCACUAGACUUACGCAGUUAUAAUUAGGGGACCUAAAGCAUCAAAUGACUUGCUCAAAACUUCCGUCUAAUGGACAAGUUCUGGCAGUUUCAUUGUACAACUAGCGACCCGCUCCGGCUUCGCACGGAAUAACAGUAUUUCUCCGCUAUUUAAUGUUUGUUAUUAUACAUGUAAACCUUCCUCUUUAAUCACUCUAUCUAUUAGAGAAAAUCGCAUGAAAAUCGGUUGCGUAGUUUUGAAGAAUUAGGUAAGCUUACAACGGGACACGGGGACAGAAAAAGCGACUUUGUUGUAUACUAUGUACUUAGGUAGUGCUAUUCGGGAAAUUGAUUUAAUUGUGAAUGAAAACGUAAAUCUUACUAUUCGCGAAUGCAUUAUCUACUGGGAAAAGGCGCGUAUUCCAACAAAAUCUUUGCCUAAUUGUGUGACGAAACUCAUCACCUUGUAUCAAGUUUGGAGGGACAAAAAACA